UCUAUAAGUUCAAGUUAGAACGUACUUGGUAUACAAGAAAACAACAACAAAACAGCUGUUCAUUCAGUGAUAAUUCGUUAAAAGUGAAACAAUGAGGUUGCCGUUUACAAUAUUAGUUAUUGCGACAUUGCUAAACCAAGUUUAUUCAACAUAUUCAUCGAGACAUACACCCGUACGACCAAAUACAGAUGAACAUCUAAUUCUAACACCUUUGAUCGAACAGAAUAGAAUUCAGCAAGCCAGAGAUGCAUCUGAAGUUCAUUUGAACGGUUUCAGAAAUAUCAAAAGUUAUUCCGGGUUUUUUACCGUCGAUAAACCUUUCAAUUCGAAUUCGUUUUUUUGGUUUUUUCCCGCUAAAAAUAAUCCAGGUACGGCUCCUGUGAUAUUGUGGUGCGAAGGGGGUCCUUCAGCGUCAUCUCUUCUAGGUCUGUUCGGACAAAAUGGGCCAUUUAGUCUACAUAAAACAGGUUUAAGAUUACGCGAACCUUCUUGGACAACCGAUCAUUCAGUAAUCUACAUAGAUAAUUCCAUAGGAACUGGUUUCAGUUAUACCAAUGGUGGGUACGCUCAAAAUCAAACAAAAGUUGGUAAAGAUCUAUACGCUGCUCUCAUCCAAUUCUUCAAAUUGUUUCCCGAACUGCAGAGGAACGAAUUCUACAUUGCAGGAGAAUCUUUCGGUGGUAAAUAUGCACCAGCUGUCGCUUAUACCAUCCACCAAAACAAUCCAAGUGCCCAAGUCAAGAUUAACCUAAAAGGUUUAACAAUUGGAAAUGGUUUGUGUGAUCCGAUAAAUCAGUACGAAUACGGGGAAUAUUUUUAUCAAGUUGGUUUGAUUGAUGCUAAUGAAAGGAAGCAGCUUGAGCGUCUAGAACAACAAGGUAUUAAAUUAAUACAAAACAAACAGUUCGCUGAAUCGCUGGAAGUAAGGUCAACCAUUUUUUCCUUAUUCGCUAAUAUCACAGGCUACGACAAUAUUUUCAAUUUCGCUACCCCUAUCGAUCCGUACAACAUAAUAAAGAAAAUAGAAGACAUACAAGUUUACGUCAAUAGAUCAGAAGUAAGAGCAGCAUUGCAUGUCGGAAAAGUACCUUACAACGAUCAGUACGAGACGGUAUAUUCAAAUUUCAAUGACGAUCACAUGCAAAGCGUGGUACCUUGGUUAGAAGUCCUUCUCAAUCAUUACAGGGUACUAUUUUACAACGGGCAGUUAGAUAUCAUACUACCCUAUCCUUUGACAGUUAAUUUCUUGAAAAAAAUGAAGUUUAAUGGAUCUGACGGAUAUAAGACCGCUGCUAGGCAUAAAUGGUAUGUGAAUUCUGAAUUGGCGGGGUAUGUCAAGGAAGCUGGUAGAAUGACAGAGGUGUUGGUUAUCGAUGCUGGCCAUUUAGUUCCUACCGAUCAGCCACAGAGGGCGCUGGAUUUGAUUUAUAGAUUCACGAGGAAUAAACCACUUUAUUAAAAUAGUUGAGUAACUGAGCUGGUACCUACUAUAGUCUAUUUUUAUGUAUGAGAGAGUAUUAAAAUAAUAAAGCGUUCCUAAUCCAUAGGCGUAUCACUUCUUUAAGUAGACUAUUAAAAUAUUUUUUGAAGUUAUUCCUCGAGUAUACACUUAUAUUUUCACCUAAUUAACCUGCUUAUAACUUCUAAACAGCUAAAGGUAAAAAAGUACAAUUUUUUCUAAAAUGUUUUAUUUUUCCACAACGUAUAUUAAGAACAUUGUGUCAAACGGGUUAUGUAGGUAUAAGGUAUUAAACUUUGACUUUUAAACAACGUUACGUUCAUAAAUAAUAAUUUUAAUAUAAAAACUACUUCUUACCUACAAAUCCAAAUCAGAAUCGAAAUCAGAAGAUGAACUGUCGCAACCAAUAUUUACAAUGAGUGGCUCGAUCAUUCCAUCAGUAAUAUUGUCCAACUUUCACAUUUUCUCUACUUCUUUAAUCGUAU